AUGAAUACGACUCCCGCGCAAGCUGUCCUCCUUAACGCAGAUUUAUUACCCAUAAUUUUAUCUGAUUUUGAUGAAAAUCAAGAUGAAAUGUUUCUUUAUCUCUUUGUUAAUAAAACAUGGACCGCGGCUCCAAUUUGGAAAUCUCCUCGCUCAUAUAAACUAUUCUUACGAACAUUGCGAAAGACAAAUACUAUUUUUGCAUAUGGUCAACUGAUACGUAGACUUGUAUUUGAGCCGAUAAAGAAUAGAGAGCAACCAUUAUUUGGGAAUGAUGAUCUUAAACUUUUCUCAACAAAGUCCCAUAGGAUAACUCAUUUGACAUUAGGGCAAACAGAUAACUUUUUUACGGCGGAAGCGGUGGCAGAACUUGUUAAAAAUAAUCCAAAUCUAUUGGGUUUUGCAGCAACAAAACCAUGUUAUAACAUUGAAUGGUUAAAUAUAGCUCUUUCACCUAUAAUCAAUGGACAUUGUAUAAAAUUAACACAACUUGAAAUACAGAAUAUGCGUCAUUUUUUGAUAUUUAUGAAUUAUUGGCCAAAUGGAGAUUACUCUGAUGACGCAGUUUCCCGGACACGUAGCUUGAUUAAAGAGAUUGGAGUUAAAUGUCCAAUUUUUGCAUUAGACAUUAAUGUUCAUAUAGAUGACGAAAUGGCAGAGAUGCUAAUAGAAACAUUUAAGAAUUUAAAGAUCCUUCAUUGUGAGACGGUAUCAUGUUCAGCAUUAAAUAUUCUUUUACCUUUUUGUAAGAAAUUGAGAUGGUUAUCGGUAGCAUUUUCAGAGUAUCCUGAUAAUAAUGUUCAACAGGAGAUUGGUUCACAAUUUCCAAGUUUAGAUGCCUUGAAUUUAUUUCUCCCUCCAUAUGAUUGGGCCUCAUUUACGAAAGCCUUGGCUCCAAAUCAGACUAACCUUCGACGUAUAAACUUAUUUGGAUGUGAUUCAGUUACUGAUGAAGCAUUUUUACCAAUUGCUGAGUGUUGUUUAAAAUUGGAAUUUGUUGGUCUAAUUUGUUGUCAACAAUUAACUGAUGCGUCUGUCUCCGCUUUAGCUCGUAAUGUUAAUAAUAAUCUUAAGAAUAUCAACAUGUGUAGGAUUCCAAAAUUAACAGAUGCAAGCAUAAUAGAAAUUGCUAAUAAUUGUCAUAAUUUAGUGAAAUUUGGAUUAGAUAAUUGUAGAAAGGUUACUUCACGUUCCCUAACAUUACUUGUACGUAAGUGUAAAUUCCUUACAGAAAUAAGUGGUGAUUAUCCCCGUAUCAUUGCAGCAAAGAUUGUUUCAACAUUAGCAACGCAGGGUAAUACAAAAUUACAAGUUUUACAGAUUCAUAGUAGACAUGAUCCUGAGACAAAUACGGUUGAGGGAAAGAAAUAUCGAAGAUUUGAUUUGGGAUUGUUGGAAAGACUUGCAGAGAAAUGUCCAAAAUUGAGAGAAUUAGAACUUAAAUGUUACAUUACUGGUUUAUAUCCAAAUUCGUUAAUAAAUGUAUUAUAUAAAUUUCGUAAUUUGGAGAAAUUAUUCAUGGAACCUAAAAAUUUAACCCGUGAAUAUAUAAUGAAGUUAGAAAAUCAUCCUCGGUUAAAAGAAGUUAGAUUUGAAGGAGGAUGUAGUGAAGAUGCUAUGUUAUAUAUAAAAGAACGUAACAAAAACCGAAAAGGAAUGUUUAUACACGUAAAACCUACAUAUUAG